AUGUCUACCUCUGAUCUUCGCGAUCUGCGCAGCGACGCUCAAGACGCCAAGCGGGACCGAGACCACAAGCAGAAGUGGGCCCACGGCGGUCGUCCCCUCCCUGGCGUGCGCCGGUCCAUGAAUGUCUGGUCCCAUGUCUCUGGUGUCGAUGAUGACGGCCGGGUCCGGCCCGAGAAGCUUUGGACUGGCUACCGCCAACAGACACACAACGUGAGCAAGCUGACCCGGCCGAUGGCUCACAUCGACAUGCCUCAGAGCCGCUUCCGCGCCCACCUGGACGCCCGCGUCCAGCUUUCAGAUCCUAACAACCUGAUCGACUACCUUUCCGAGGACAUGCCAGGUGCUCGCGACGUUCGGAGCCCCACGGACGGUUUCCUGUACAGCUUUGAUCGGACAGACACCCCGGGCCGACCGCUGUCGCUGGAGAUGUUCGUCAAGGAGAACCCUCGAGCCACUCGAGCCACUGAGCGACUCGUCGAGAACGAAUACGAGAUCGUUGAUAGCAAUGGAGACGCGCUGCAGGGUCGUCGGGCUCGCAACAUGCUUCGCCGCCAGAACAACGGCCCUGUCGAGGAGCAUUCAGAACUCGCCCGCGAGGACGAUGGCUUCGAGCUGAUCUGA